AUGUCAUCACGGUCACGGACAGCGUCGCUUGUGCGCGGGCUCGCCGAGCAGCUCAUGUGCCCCGUCUGUCUUGGGGAGUAUAAGAACCCCAUGCUGCUUCGUUGCUAUCACUCGUUCUGUUUGCGAUGCGUGCAGGAGCUGUUGCACCAGUCCGGGGAAAAAGGCGUGGUCAAAUGUCCCCAAUGCAGGACGGAAAUGGAGAUUCCAAAUAGUGAUGUGAAGAGGCUCAAAUCCAACUUCUACAUCAACAAUCUCUUGGACCUGAUGGAUGAGACUCGGCUUAAAGCCAAGGCGCGGGACCCGCUUGUCUGCUGUGACCAUUGCCAACCUCUCAUCAGCGCAGCCGAGGUCAAGUGCGUCCAUUGCAAAGUAUCACUGUGCAGAGCAUGUAUCGGGCCACAUUGCGAGCACAUGCCCACUCAGCCCCAUACUAUCAAGGAACUAGCCACAAAAGCGGAGCUGGAAGAAGAGCUUCCAGCAGCGAAGGAGGACUUUAAAACGUGCGCAAAACACGGGCUGGAUUUGCGUUUCUACUGUUGUACUUGUGAGCUCCUAAUGUGCCGGGAAUGCCUUUCUGUAAAUCACUGGAACCAUGAGUACAUGCUGGUAAAGCUAGGCGUUCGAGACAUUAGAAAGACCAUCGAUUGGCUGCUUGUGAAAUGCAAGGUCAAAUUUCUAACCAUUGAAAAGACCAGGAAGAGGGUAGAGGUGACCCAAGAACUGGUAGGGAGCAAUGCGCGUGAGAUGGAAGCACGGAUAGACGAGAUCAUUGACCAAAAAAUAAGAGAGUUGGAGAAAAAGCGGGCACGGCUCCACGAAUCCGCAAGUCAGGCAAAAAAUGAAAAGCUUAAGCAGCUACUCGUACAGGGGGAAGAACUCGCGAUGCUAGAAGCAAGCUUAAAAAGUGGAGUCGAGUAUACCGAGUUCUUGCUUAAUGAUGACCACCAGAACGAGUUGUAUGCAGGACGCAAGCAGCUCAUCGAGAGAUUAAAAGAACUGAGCGAGGUUCGAGUAUCGAGUGAACCCACCACCUGGUGGGAUCUGGGUCUAGACCUGAUGCCGCAAGCUACACAGAUGCUAGACCAAAUGCUGACGAUAACCAACGUGACGUCUCUUGACGACCCGGACAAGACGACAGUGCGGAUGGACGGCGGCGAUGAGGGUGUCAUUUACCACACCUUCUUAAAUCAAGAGUACACCUUCGUCAUCACGUUGAGGGACAGAAAUGGGAAGCGGAUCACUAAUGGCGGUCAGUCGGUCAGGGUCGCAAUCCGAAUACCCGAGGUGACGUCAGAAACGAUAACGCUAAUGAGCUGCGUCAACCAGACGGUUUUAGACGUGUCGGAUAAUCUCAAUGGAACUCAUAGUUUCCGUCAUAAACCAACUGUCGAAGGCGAGCAUUUCCUAUAUAUCACAGUCAAUGGAAGGCCACUUCCUAAAAAUUUAAUAUGGAAAGUCGAGGGUCCUCUUGGAUUCGGAGACCCUGUCGUUCUGAACAUCGAUUUCCUCCCAUUACAAGGUCUCUUUGAUCUUUCAAGUGUCUGGUGUCACGUCUCUGAUCAAUUUUCCUGGAAAAUUCGCCGACUUCGCAUCGAAGACAAGACGACCGUCCCAGCAAUUGAAGUCGGAGUGGUGUCGGAUUCUACGAAUAAAAAGUGGGGAUGGAGGAAUGGUUUGCGUGUUUCCGGCACCGGGUCGGAUGAAUCGGAAAACACUCAGAGCGUGAUCGAAGAGUGGCGAGAGGAUGAGACCUUCGAGUUCUUUCUAGAUGCGCGUGCUGGGCGCUUCAGAAUUCGGUGUCAAUCCACGGGUAAGACAGAGACGUUCUGCAAGUGCCCCGGGACAUUCACGAGGCCGUAUGUUGAGCCACCGAGUUAUGAUUUCUUCGUCCUUAACAAGGAGCUGGAGCAUAUCAUAUUUACCAGACCUAACAGGAUGACUAAAGAUUGACAAUACGCAGACUUCGAUUUGAAAACGCAGUGCGGAGGUCUGGAAGAUAAUCGAUAAACUAUCACCACAUUUAUUUCAAUUUAUUACGCAUGACUAGUAUUUGCCUUUGCAAUGCCAACCACGAACGCACGCCGAACGGUGGUUACGAAUAAAUGACGAAAAAUGCUAUGAAGGAAUGCCGAGCAAGUGGACAAAAAAAAAAAAAAAAACAGCAGCAGCAGCAACAAAAACAAAAAAAUUAAAAAGAGGCAGAAAACAAGUUCAAUAUAGCGAUAAGCAUGUGCCGAAAGAGCUACACUGAUAACAGAAGAUGUUGGGAGAAAAUGCUGAAAAGUGUUACCACGGUAACUAGGAUACUUUGUCAGUGAAUUCUAAUAAGAU